CCUAUUUAUACCAAAUCAAACAGAAAACCUCAACUCCUUUCUUUUCUCCUCAUCUAAACCCUUCAAUUUUUCUUCUUUUUUUUUUCCACCAUUGAUCUGAUGAGGCCAAAAUUGACCCUACAGAACAGCCAAGAAAGCUGGUGCGCUGUUCUUCUGCACGUGAGGCAAAGACAAGGCUUCUUUUUUUUUUUUUUAUUUGAAGUGUGGGCCAUCUUGCUGAAGAACAGGACUAGGCGUAGAGCAGAUUGCAGAACAAGGGCGCAGCAGUUUGUAGGCUCGGGCGUAGGCGGUUGCAGGCUUAGGUGCAGCAAAGGGGGCGCAGCAACGUGUAGGCUCGGUGCAGGCAAGUGUAGGCAGCAGGGGGCACAGGCGGUUGAUUCGGGAGAUGAAAGAGAGAAAGCUGAGGGCCCUCUAUGAAGAAGAUUCUCGGGACCCUCCCCCUUUUUUUUUAUCUCUUUCUCUUUUUUUAUUCUUCUUUUUUUGGGGGGGGGCAGUUGGGUUUUUU